GAGCUUGAGAGCACUGCCACUUGGGAGCCAUGAACUGAAAUAGAGAAGCCUGUCAUCUUUGUUUUAUUUUUAAAAUAUGGGAACAAAUUAAAAGCUGAAAACAUGCACUGUGUUUUUGUUUUACCGUUUCUGUGCUGGAAGCAUUGCUCACGUACCCUCCUGGUACAGAGCACACUUGCCACGGCUUCUGCGCUGCGAUCGCUCGCUCUUAUGUUACUGCUCAAGUAUGCAUUCAGAAAAGAGCCAGCAGAUACAGUAGAUUUAUUCUAGUUGUUGAGGUCAAGGGCUUCUUUUUUUUUUGGACUCAGUAGAGGGGGAACGCUUUCCUCAUAACACCAGACAGGCUCUCUGCUUUGCAGUCUGCUGUCAGUGUGCACCACGGAUAAAAAAACAUCUGAGAGCAUUUUUAAAGGAUUUAUCAAUCUAAAGCACCGGUGAGUUAUGUGCUGUCUCCUGUGUCAAAGUUAGGAGGCUUUCAGCGAGGCACAAUAUCUGUACGCAGUGCAAGUCAGAGGCUACGGCUGCUGGAAGCUCUUGCAAGCCAUAGCCCAGUGGACUAUGAUUUCCUUGAAUGCUGUAAAUUAGCCCUGAAGGAAUGGACAACUCCAACAAAAAACCCCACACAAGUUUUCUGAAAAGACAGCAAAGGAAUUAUUAAAAACAGUUUGGCUUGCAGAUUCUCACCUGACCCAUGCAACACUAAAUUAAGACACCUUUGUAUAUCAGAUGUGAGGAUGUUUGUGUUGCUGUACAUUACAAGUUUUGCCAUCUAUACAAGUGAGCAACCACUUCAAAGCCAGCUCAAAGGAGAAAAUUACUACACCAGAUACAUCUGUAGCAUCCCUGGUUUGCCAGGCCCUGCAGGUCCCCCUGGAGCCAGCGGAUCCCCGGGCCAUGGACGCAUUGGUCUUCCAGGAAGAGAUGGUAGAGAUGGCAGGAAGGGAGAAAAAGGUGAAAAAGGGAGUGCAGGUUUAAGAGGAAAGACUGGGCCAUUAGGACCAGCUGGAGAGAAAGGAGACCAAGGUCACUCUGGUAAAAAAGGACCUGGAGGAUUGACUGGUGCCAAAGGUGAAGUAGGUCCAGCUGGACCACCUGGACCUAAGGGAGAUAAAGGAGACCGAGGAGAGCCUGGUGCCCCAGGGGUCUGUAAGUGUGGAAAGAUAGUGCUGAAAUCUGCCUUUUCUGUUGGCAUCACCACGAGCUACCCAGAGGAAAGAUUACCAAUUGUAUUCAAUAAAGUCCUCUUCAAUGAGGGGGAGCAUUACAACCCUUCCACAGGGAAGUUCAUUUGUGCCAUCCCAGGGAUUUAUUAUUUUUCUUAUGAUAUCACCUUAGCAAACAAGCAUCUUGCGAUUGGGCUGGUCCACAAUGGGAAGUACCGGAUAAAGACAUUUGAUGCUAACACGGGCAACCAUGAUGUAGCUUCUGGGUCCACGGUGAUCUACCUUCAGCCAGAAGAUGAAGUAUGGCUUGAGAUCUUUUACACUGAUCAAAAUGGUCUCUUUUCUGAUCCAACGUGGGCAGACAGUUUGUUUUCUGGAUUUCUCCUAUACGUUGACACAGAUUACCUUGACGCUUUAUCAGAUGAAGAUGAGCUCUGAAGCAGAUGAUAACAAAUGACAUUCAAACUGGACACCCAAACACUGGAUUUUAUCCACUGUGUGGGAAACACAAAGUUGAAAGAAAAAAUAAAAAUCUGGGAGUUUAUUCUUGCAGUGAGGAUGUUUCUAGAAUCUAAGUUGGAUUUUUUACUGAACAGCAGGGAUAUCAAAAGGAACUUUGAUUAACAGAACUGCUUCACUCCAGGACUGACUCUUCCUGAAAGUUAUGUUUAUAAUACUAUUUAAACAAAUUUAAGAUACUGUACAUUGGAUUUUAUAUAAAAUAUAUUAAGUUGCAAUGUAGAAUGGAUAUUUUGUAUAUGAUAUUAAAAUAAAAUUGAACAACUGACCACAAUAUCAUCUUUGGUCAUUUUAAGACAGGCAAUACAUUAAAAACAGAUAUAACAAUGAAUUUUUAAAAGGAGAGGAAUAAAAUAGGAAUUUCUGGUUCAUGAUGUCUCUGAACAGGUCACAAGGACAGUUCCAUCUGAUACUUACAAGAACAAAUAACAUUCAUAACCAACCAACCUCCCAAUAAAUACAUGAAGAUUUGUACUAGCUGAGGACUACCCAAUAGCAGUCAUAAAAGACCAGAAUCUGGUAUUAAACAUAUCAAAAGAUUAAAAAUUGGGUGAUCUGAAAACUUGAAGACAAUCAAUCAGUAUUCAAUGUGCAUAUUUUCAGUGUAAUUCCUAGUGGGUUUGCCAUUCUUUCAAUGCCAUCCAAUAUCUUGACAAGAAAUAUGGAAAAAAGUAUAAGCUUGUUGCUGAAGAAAAUUGUGGACUCCAAAAAAAAGAUAGAAACCAGUAAUGUGCAUAAAUUUUAUGGAACAAAGGGAGUCACACCAUUAAAGCAGCCUUAGUUAUAUCCCAGUAUGGUCAAAUGCAAUAAAAUAAAUGUAGAUCACACACAAACUGAAAAACUGCAUUCAGGAAAUCAAUGAACUUGGAAAAGGUACACAGGACCCCAUGGAUCAUUGGCUAAAUAUGAACAAUCAAAGUAGGCUCUUGCUAUAGCCCUUUAUGUGUAUGAUAAA